GAAGAAUCGGGAGAACCCAGAUCCAGGAUAGGUUUCUUGCCGAGAUGCGUGGAUGGGAGGCCGUGUGUGUUGGCCGUGCUGGGAUGCCUCGUUGGCUCACUGGCUUUCUGGGCAGCCCACGGAGGGGAUCCGUUGGCUUGGAAACGACCUGGAUCCAGGUUGUCGGAGUUGGUUCAAGUCUGGGCGCCCGCAGCAGACGGGAAGAAGUUGGAACCAGAGGUCAGGGAUGACGGAAUGCUUGGCAUCCCUUUCAUCGAAUCCAUGCCGGAGGAGACCUUGCCAGAGUAUGGUCACGUAAAGAAGGAGGAAGUUGAGCUGGGCAUCUCUCAGCUUGCCGUGGCUCGUGUGGAUUGCUGGAACCCCUGUGACCGGAAGGCGGGCUGGUGCCAUUGGUGUGGCCGCGGGCGUGCGUGCUGCCGGCGAGGUGCAGACGAUCCCGCGGAGUGUCGUGGCUUCGGUGGCUCCUGGAGGCACGAGUGUGUCCGCAUCCCUUCACCAGCUGGUGGUCAGUGUGGGGGCGACAGAUGGCAAGGAUCGAGGCACUGCGUCCCCGGCUAUUCUUGCAUUCGGGUGAGUCAUCGGUAUUCUGAAUGCCGCCUAGCUGAAGCAGUUGGGAAGAAUUGCGCUGCUCCGUAUGGCGUUUGCGGGGGCUGGUAUGACAACGCGCCCUGGGAGAACUGCUGCGCUGCUGGGCACCAAUGCACGCAGAUGAACGUUGGCCUGGGACUGAAGGCAUCCAAAUGCGUGCCGUUGUCGCUGCUGCAUGCCGGGCAAUCUUGCCUAGCACACUGCCACCAGGCAGAAGGCGAAUGCGCGUGGUGUGGAGCGGGAAAUGCAUGCUGCUCCCGACACAGCCGAGAAGGGCCUUUGGAAUGCAAAGAUGUCCCGUUCCUCAGUUUGGAAAACUCCCAAUGCGUCGCGCCCAAGUAUUCUCCUGCAGUCAAGCACUCGGGGCAAGAUUGCCUUCCACAUUGUAAAGGAGCAGGUACAUGUGACUGGUGUGGUGCAGGGAAUGCUUGCUGCCGGCAAGGAAGCACUGGUGACCCAAAGGAGUGUCAUGGCGUGCAGAGCUUCAGUCGAUCUAAUUCACACGUCUGCGUCAGACCAGUGCAAAAAGUAUCGAGUGAUCACUCGCAGCAAGAUUGCUGGGAGCCUUGUGAGAAGACUCCGGGAUACUGCUCGUGGUGCGGUCAGGGUAUGGCUUGCUGCCGGAAAGAUGCCGCAAACGACCCGUAUGAGUGCCAUGGAGUCACAGCUUUCAGCCGACAUGAUCGCCAUGUCUGUGUUCAGCCUCUCUCUGCAAUGCCUGACGGCCUGCUGUCUGCAAGCUCUUCGGUAGACCAUGCAGGAAGGGAUUGUUGGUACGAAUGUGGUGGAUCUGGCUUUUGCAGCUGGUGUGGCGAUGGAAAUGCUUGUUGCAGAUUUGGAGCACACUUUGAUGCAGAAGAGUGCAGCGGUGCCACAGAUUUCAGCUCAACUGAGCAUCAUGUCUGUGUGGGUGUGCCCUCCAUCAUUAACAAGGUACAGAUCGCUGACCAGCGGCUGGUAUUUAACGGUCGUGAGCUUGGUCCCGGUGGGAAAGUUCGAGGCGCUGCAGGGACGGGAUCUCACGCUCGAGAGGCGUGGCUGGCCGGUGUUGACGCCAUUAGAACUUGGUCUUUGCAGCAAUCGCUGGGGGCAUUGAAAGCCUUUAAGGCUGAGGGCCAUGGGCUCAAGGUGGCCGCUGGCAUUUACCUGUCCACUUACAAGGACAAGUAUGAGGGGGACUUCUGCAAAAUGGAGCACCCCUGGUGGCAAGAACAGCUGCGAGAGAUCUUGUCCAACGUCACACUGCACCGCAACGAUCCAGGGCUUCUGUGGUGGCAGGCCGGGAACGAGCUCGAGCUCCAGACUGACUGGGUUGGCGGUUCCGAGUGCAUCUGGCGUCGAUUGGAGUGGGUGGUUCGGCAUAUCAAGGUGGUCGACCCUAACCACCCCGUGGGCACAGCAAUUGCUGGGUUCCAUGCUGUGAAAGUUGGUCGCCUCAAUAGCCUGUGCCCAUCACUGGAUUUCCUGGGUCUGAAUGUCUAUGGUGGAGACGCCCUCAACGUUCCUAAGAAGCUGCAGAGUGCAGGUUGGACAAGGCCCUAUGCCAUCACCGAGUUUGGUGCUGCGGGCGCGUGGAUGACGCCCCGAAGCCCGUGGAAGGCACCGAUGGAGCCAACGUCUUCUCAGAAGGCCAUCGGUAUGCGCCAGAUCCACCAAGAAUGCUUGGCACAAGAGAGUUGCCUGGGCACCUUCGCUUUCAUGUGGGGCUGGAAAUUCGAACACACACCCACGUGGUUCAGCACCUUCAACGAGUGGCGCGCUGCUGGCUUUGACGAACCAGCCUCAGAUGUCAUACAGGCAAUGCAGGAAGUAUGGACCGGCCGCGCCCCGAGACACCCGGCGCCGAAGAUCACGGCCGUGAAGGUCUUCGGACCGCAGGGGCCCACACCUGCCCCGUUGGGAGUCACGGUGCAGCGCGGUGCGAUUCUCCGGCUGGAUGUGAGUGCCGUUGACAUGCCCAACAACGAUGAUCGCGCCUGGGAGAACAACGAUGUGGUAUGGGUACUGACGAGCGACAACCCCGAAUCACCAUCAGAGGUGGCUUCGGCAGUCCCUGGAGUCCUCCAGGUAUGUCAGGGAUCCAGCCCACGUGACAAAUUGACUGCCUUGGUUCCAACGGAGAUGUUGGAAGAGGGCCGCGCUUACAGACUGUAUGCUUUUGUCCGGGAUCAUGUGCCGCAAUCCCGCGGCCAGUGUCUUCCUCCACGGGAUGGCAGUGAAUGUGACGUUGCUGUCAGAUGGAUCUUGAGCGAAGGCACCAAUCUACAUGCUGACUGGUAUCCCGGCUUGAGUCCGGCAUCGAGCUACUCAGAGGUGCAGGACUUCCUGAACAAAAGGGGGAAAUGUCCACGGCCAUGCCCCAUACAGCAUGGCGUGACGGAGGCUUACAUGAAUCUCCCGUUCAAGAUAUGUCAUGAUGCCACCUUUCCCGAGCCAUGUGCGUGGGAAAUGCGCCAGCUGAAGAACCGCCUCAUGAACAGCUCGCACGGGUUUCCUGGGCUCUCUUCCGCAUCCAGUUUCCAGGAGCUGCAAGCCUUCCUCCAUGCACAAUCGCCCGAGCUGUGCCCGGCUCCUUGUGAUGCCUGCGAGGAUGCGGCCCAAGACUCGGCCUGUGGCAGGGCAAUUGCGGAUCAGAUGCAGCAGAUACGGGAGCCGCUGACAGCUCCUUUCAGCGGGGUCUCCAUGUGGGCCGGAUAUUCCGAGCUUCAAAGCGUUCUGGAGCGAUACGACAAACACUCCUGCCCACAACCAUGUGCUUUGAGAGUGCCCAAAUUCGUGCAGGCCACCUGUCCUUCCUCGACUUGA